GGUUUUCGGCUUUGGCCGUUGUGCACACCAGCAUGGCAUCAGCAAUGGCGAUGGCAGUAUUCGAGAGUUGGCCCCUCGUUUCAUCCCCAAAGCCAUGCGAGCAAUCCGACAGCGCCAGAGGCGUUCCUGGCUUUCCUUACUAGCUGGCCUGUGAGAGUCGUUGCCUUUGCAGGAGCAGGCCGCUUGCUUUUCGGCGAGAAGGCCGAGGAGUUCUUCUCAAUGUUCAUGAUGCACUUCUUCCAAUCUCUGCAAGAGCUUGCCCCGUACUUGGCGGGACUUGCCCUGGCUUUCUUGAUUGUUUGGUUUUUAGCCAUCCGGGAGUGGAGCAAGGUGACGUUGGACCGCAAUCAGAAAGAGCAGGACACGAACAUGAAGCGCAUAGACGCCGACGUGAAAAUGCAAGAGGCUCGAAGGCAAGCUGCAGUGGCUGAGCGAGCAACAGAAGAGAGCAAAAGGGAGAGGAUGAAAAUGGAGCAGCGAAUGGAGAGAGACCGCCAAGCCGAACGUGACCGCGACAGAGAGGCGCGCCAAGCCGAACUUGAGGACCGCAAAGCCGAACGUGAGGACCGUCAAGCCGAACGCGAGCGGCAGUCGAACAAAAGCAAAGAUAAGAACUGCAAGAUGAUGUAG